GGUGUAGCCGUGUAGGUUCUAGGUUGUAGAGAAUCGAUACAGUACAGUAACAUUUUAAUUAAAACAUGGACAACAUGGUUAGUCUAUGACAGUGUGUGUAACAGUAUCAUCAACCAUCCUGAUCGAAAUGAAAUUCUGAAGAUGCAGUCCUAAAGUGGAGGAGGAAUUCGGUAGGCCAUUAAUAACUUAAUAUGAGUUCCAAACAAAUGGAUUGUGACGAUUUUGAGGAGGAAGACGAUGAGAUGAUAAUGGCCUUGGAAACUAUUGAGACACUAAAUCAAAUGUACCCUGGCAGACAGAAACAGAUAGAACUUCUGUACAACUUGCUAGGAACUGCUGGUGACCCUCUACCAGAGUGUAUUUACAUCUACGGAGACACAGCUACUGGCAAAACACAAGUGGUUCAAGCUUUGCUUAACCUAGCUUCGCUGCAGUUUGCGUUCGUCAACUGCAUCGAGUGCUACACACCUCGUCUGCUAUUAGAGCCUAUCUUGGACGGCCUGCUAGAUGGAGAGUACACAAAGGAUUCUGGGAAUGAGAAAUGUGACAACAUGAUGGUCCUUGUCAAACAGCUCAAGAUAGCUGCCCAAAAGCAACAACUGAGGGAUAAGUCGUGCGUUAUCGUCCUGGACAACUGUGAGCGACUUUUUGACCUUGGCGAUCAUUACUUCCAAGCGUUCCAGAAGCUCCAAGAGCUCACGAACAUGCCCCAUCUGUGUGUGGUAUUCAUUAGUCAAAUCCUACCAGAGAAACACACUACGUUUGUCCCUCAUUUGAGGGUUUUCUUUCCCCAGUAUACCAAAGAUGAUGCUAUGAAGAUCCUGAUGACAGUAAGUCCUGAAGCUGAAGAUGAAAAAGAAUUAUUCAACCAGUUUAGUAGACUUUUCCUGGAUAUCUUCUACCUAGCUACAAGAGAUUUGAACGAGUUAAAACACCAAUUGGUAGCAUUGUACCCAAAGUACGUAGAGCCGAUCAAAUCUGGCAGUGUCAAUCCCACGGAUCAUGUGGCUCUUUACAAACAAGUCCUCCCUCACAUCCGUGCAUCACUGAGCAACGUCUAUUUAACUGGGGUCAGUCAAAAUGAAGAACAUUUGAAACCAGACAAGGUGUUAUCUACAAAAGUAGUACAGUCUCUGGAUCUUCCGUAUUACGCCAAGUAUUUCCUGAUAGCAGCAUUUCUAGCCUCAUAUAACUUGCCGAAAGAUGAUAAGAGACUUUUUGUGAAAAACCACGGAAAGAAAAAGAAAAGGUUGGUUCAAGAUCAGAAAAAGGAAAACACUAGCAAGGAGUUGUUGGGACCGAAGGUUUUCACGCUAGAUCGUCUACUGGCUAUCUUCUAUGCGAUUAUGGAAGAAAAAACACCGUUAAAUGCAAAUCUACUGGCACAGAUCACUUCAUUGGUCGAGCUGAGGUUGUUGGUGAAGCUAGGAGAUGAUCUGGACAAACCAAAGUAUAGAUGUGCCGUCGGAAUUGAAUGUGUUGAAGCGAUAUCUAGAACCCUUGACUUCAAUGUAAGGAAGUACAUGGUGCAUUAAUGAGAAACAAGACUUAAUAUUUGUGAUCUGUGUGGAUAAAAUGUGAUCUGAUUUUAACUCUAUUUUAAGUCAGUAAUGUAUUUAUUUUAAAUUACAAAGU